AUGUCUUCAAUGCUCAAGACAAGGAGGAAGAAGAAUGUCAAGAAGGGCAUCCAGUUCUGUCUGAUGGUCUGCGGCGCCUCAGGCACGGGCCGAACGACCUUUGUCAACACUCUCUGCGGCAAGCCGGUUCUCGAGCACAAGGAGUCGGACGACCCCAGCACCGCCCACGUCGAGGAGGGCGUCAAGAUCCAGCCUGUCACAGUCGAGCUCGAUGAGGAGGGCACGCGCAUCUCACUGACAAUUGUCGACACCCCUGGUUUCGGCGACCAGAUAGACAACGAGGCCAGCUUCGGAGAGAUCGUUGGCUACCUCGAGCGUCAGUACGAUGACAUUCUUGCAGAGGAAUCGCGUAUUAAGCGUAACCCCCGAUUCCGCGACAACCGUGUGCACGUCCUGCUGUACUUCAUCACACCUACCGGCCAUGGUCUCCGCGAACUCGACAUCGAGCUCAUGAAGCGCCUCUCGCCCCGUGUCAACGUUAUCCCCGUUAUUGGCAAAGCCGAUUCGCUCACCCCCGCCGAGCUGGCCGAGUCGAAGAAGCUUGUGAUGGAGGACAUUGAGCACUACCGCAUCCCCGUUUACAACUUCCCUUACGACAUCGAGGAAGACGACGAAGACACAGUCGAGGAGAACGCUGAGCUGCGUGGACUCAUGCCCUUUGCCAUAGUAGGAUCCGAGGAUGUCGUCGAGAUCAACGGUCGACGUGUACGAGCCCGCCAGUACCCAUGGGGUAUCGUCGAAGUCGACAACCCCCGCCACUCAGACUUCUUGGCCGUCCGUAGCGCACUGCUCCACAGCCAUUUGGCUGAUCUAAAGGAAAUCACCCACGAUUUCUUGUACGAGAACUACCGUACUGAGAAGCUCAGCAAGAGUGUGGAAGGCGGGGCUGAAGCUGGCUCGUCGAUGAACCCUGAGGACCUUGCCAGCCAGUCAGUCCGUCUCAAGGAGGAGCAGCUGCGACGUGAGGAGGAGAAGCUCCGCGAGAUCGAAGUCAAGGUACAGCGUGAAAUUAACGAGAAGCGACAAGAAUUGUUGGCUCGCGAGAGUCAGCUCAAGGAGAUCGAAGCCCGUAUGCACAGGGAGCAGAGCGGUCAUCUGCAAGACAAUGUGCCGGAGGAGGCGUAA